AUGUCCUUCAUUCUCAGGAGGCCGUUUGCGGUCUCCUCCAACGCUUUCAAGCAAUUCGGCAAGCCAUCGUCGCUGAUCCGAUCAUUUCACGCCUCUGGGUCGAAACCCUCCGCAAAUCCCUUGUUCCAACAACGACCAGUUGCCAGCGCUCAAUCUCUACUCAAAUCCAAUGCGCUUCGAAAUGGCUUCAAACGCGGUUAUCAAGUCCCUUCAUAUCAGCCUGCCAACCCAACCGCUUCCGGAAAUCUGACGCAGCGUUUACUCUAUGGCGCCGCCCUUGUCGGUGGCACGAUUGUCGCCACGAACAUGAUCUUCAACCGCGAAACUCGUGAAGACGGUGGAAUGCCGCAAUAUGAGCGGGAGUACCUGAAUCAGACAUUCAUGCACACGGGUCUGGGGGUUGGUAUUAUCGCUGUCGCUGCUCGAGUACUGCAUACCAGCGGCUGGAGUUACCGGUUGAUGGCCACAAAUCCAUGGCUCGUUAUUGGCCUUUCGUUGGCGGCGUCGUUCGGUACCAUGUAUGGCACAUUCUACACGCAUCCUGACAAUUAUGUUCAGAAAUACGCCCUUUGGACCGCCUUCAACGUGGCCCAAGCUGCGGUUCUCUCACCACUCCUGUUCAUGUCUCCAGCCAUUCUCGCUCGCGCUGGUCUCUACACCGUUGGCAUGAUGGGCAGCAUUGCCUUUGUCGGAGCAACCGCCAAGCAAGAGAAAUACCUGUACCUCGGUGGACCAUUGCUUGCAGGUGUCGCGAUUGUCGCCAUCUCCGGAUUUGCGCCUCUCGUCCUACCCGCCACUGCCGUUCGAACCCUCGCCUGGACCGAAAACAUCUGGCUCUAUGGUGGUCUAGCCGUCUUUGGCGGCUUCACCCUUUAUGAUGUCCAGAAGAUCUUGCACCACGCUCGCAUGAGUGAGCGGGGCUUGGUUCGAAAAGAUGUCGUCAAUGAGAGCGUUCACUUGGAACUCGACUUCCUCAACAUCUUCAUCCGCUUUGUCCAGAUUCUUGGUAUGAGGGGGAAUAACAAACGUUAA